AAACAAAGAAAGGCUGAUUGGUGGUGGUGGUGGUGGGUGCGUAGGAUAAGCAAGCAAAAUCUGUUAAAGGAUCAUCCCACUACCACUCAACUCCACCCCCGUGGUUGAAUUAAUCUGAACAGAAGAUUCUUUUUGGCUCUCUCUAGCAGAAAUCUGCUUACACCCUUUUUUUUUUUUUUUUCUUCUCUUGUCAGUCUGAAACUUCAAUAUGAAGACACAUAUGAUAGUGAAAGUGAAAGCAAACAGGAAUAUGUUAUCCUGUUUCUUGUUGGUUUUUCUACUGUUUGACAUGCCAUUGGGACAUGCUGAGCAUGGAAGCAGCUUGUCUCAACAGAAGCUGGAUGUUCGUAACCACUUGAACCGCUUGAACAAGCCUCCUGUUAAAUCCAUCAAGAGCCCAGAUGGAGACAUAAUUGACUGUAUCCAUAUUUCUCACCAACCAGCUUUUAAUCACCCUUUACUCAAAGACCACAAAAUCCAGAUGAGACCAAAUUUCCACCCUGAAGGACUUCUGAGGGAGAACAAGAUCAAGGUUAAGGCCUUUUCUAAUUCUAAUGAAAAUUCAGAACCCAUUACUCAAUUAUGGCACUUGAAUGGAAGAUGCCCAGAAGGAACUGUUCCUGUAAGAAGAACUAAAGAAGAAGAUAUAUUAAGAGCAAGUUCUGUCCAAAGGUUUGGCAAGAAGAAACAUCUUUCUGUCCCCAAACCCAGGUCUGCAGAACCUGACCUCAUUAGCCAAAGUGGCCAUCAGCAUGCAAUAGUUUAUGUGGAAGGAGACAACUAUUAUGGAGCAAAGGCAACCAUAAAUGUAUGGGAACCUAAAAUACAACAACCAAAUGAAUUCAGCUUAUCUCAAAUUUGGAUCCUAGGUGGCUCCUUUGGAGAAGAUCUUAAUAGCAUUGAAGCUGGCUGGCAGGUCAGUCCAGAUUUAUAUGGAGAUAACAGAACUAGGCUCUUCACUUAUUGGACAAGUGAUGCAUAUCAAACAACAGGUUGCUACAAUCUCCUUUGCUCAGGCUUUGUUCAAAUCAAUAAUCAAAUAGCAAUGGGUGCAAGCAUAUACCCUGUUUCUGGUUAUGGUAGAUCCCAAUAUGAUAUCAGCCUACUUGUUUGGAAGGACCCAAAAGAAGGUAACUGGUGGAUACAAUUUGGAAAUAACUAUGUGCUAGGAUAUUGGCCAGCUUCCCUUUUCUCCUACUUGGCUGACAGUGCUACAAUGAUUGAAUGGGGAGGAGAGGUUGUUAACUCAGAACUUGAUGGGCAACACACCACUACUCAAAUGGGAAGUGGCCAUUUUCCUGAAGAAGGGUUUGGAAAGUCUGGUUACUUCAAGAAUAUUCAAAUUGUUGAUGGAUCCAAUAAACUCAGGGUUCCUAAAGACACUGACACUUUUACUGAGCAGCCUAACUGCUAUAAUGUUCAAAUUGGCAAUGAUGGUGAUUGGGGUAAUUACUUUUUCUAUGGUGGUCCUGGAAGAAACCCCAACUGCCCAUGAUCAUAUACGGUGAUCAUAAUCAUCAUAACUGUAACUAUUUUGAUUCUUGUUUCUCCCUCUCUUCAGAUGGCGUUAAGGUUUGCACAUGUCAGUAUACUUUCUAUUCUUCUGUAUUUGUCCCCCAUUUGUUGUUACUAUUUUGAUUUAGGCUAGUAAUCAACUUGUAAAACUUCUUUUCCUCCUUCUCUGCAAGUGUAAAUUAACCCUUUCAAGUCAGAAGAAAGGGAGAUGGUGUGUUUCUUAAGCUGAGGAGCAGCAGUCACCUCUUGUGAACUUCUUUACUACCAUAAUCUUAUUGAAUUUGCUUCA